CACAAUCGUUGGUCAGUCAGUCAGUCAGUAAGUCAGUCAGUCAGACACAUAAUCGAUCAGUCGACGAAUCGAUGGAAACGCGAUCAUCAAACGCAGGAUUCUUUCAAACUCUCGGUUCAUGAACUUUCUGACUGACAAGUGCGUUCACCUCGUUAAAUGCAUAGUGUAGUUCAAAUGUCGAAGUGAAUCGCAGCUGGAGUAUCGAAACAGCGAACAAUCUGUUUCGCGAUAAAGAAUUUUGUGAUUUCUCUGAAUAUUGUGGAAAUUUACUUGAACAGGGCAGAAUUUUGUAAACAAUAGCAGAAUGUAAAAAGUGGAUCGUUACUGCUUAAAGGUGUUGAAGAAAAGAAAGAGUCAGUGGAUGAUUUUAUUCAAAGUCAAGAUAAUCAAUCAAGUAAUUUCUCCACUUUGUGAACGACGUUAGAAGAAUAUUAACUACGAACGUUGAUCGGAUUUAAUUAUACAUUUGAUCAAAUCGUUAAGAACUCUUCAAGAUCGGAACAAGGAAAGAAACGCUUUUGUGAUUGAAGAAACGAUUUUACAGGAGUGGAAAUUAUUGAUGAAGAGGUACACGUGAAUAAUCGACAUGCAACAUCCCGAAAUGCGUUUUACAUCGAUGUUGGCAAAUGCCGCGAAAAGGUGAUUAACAGUCGUCCGUUGUCCCACGGAAAGAAUUGUGGGAGAAAAAUCGAGAAUGGAACUGAACGCGUUUGUCAUCUAUGUUGCGACCCUGACGAUAGCAUCGAUAGCCUUCAUCGAUACGAUAAACGCGAACCCACCGUACUACGUGAAACCCAUCGAGGACGAGAACGAUUACGCUCGUGUGCUGGAGCUUUCGCUUUUGUUUUACGAGGCACAACGAUCGGGAAAGCUGCCGGAGAACAAUCGAAUCCCAUGGAGAGAGGACUCGGCGCUCGACGAUCGAGGACUGAACGGAGAAGAUUUGACCGGAGGCUAUUAUGAUGCUGGUGAUUUCGUGAAGUUCGGUUUUACUAUGGCUUCGACAACUACCCUUCUGGCUUGGGGUGCCGUCAGUUGGCCAGAAGCUUACAACGCGGCUGGCCAACUCGACGAACUUCGUAAAGCCAUCAAAUGGGCUACAGACUACUUCAUCAAGUGCCAUGUAAGCGAAUAUGUCUUUUACGGGCAAGUCGGGGAUUUCUCAUUAGAUCAUACGUUUUGGGGGAGACCAGAAGAACUGAAUACCACCAGACCUGCCUAUAAAAUUGAUCCGGAACACCCAGGAUCCGAUCUAGCAGGUGAAACCGCUGCUGCCCUCGCAGCAUCCAGUAUGGUAUUUCGCAAUCACGAUCCAGAAUACAGUGCUAAAUGUUUGAAACACGCCAAGGAAUUGUACAAGUUUGCCAAUGAAUAUCGAGGGCUUUAUCACGAAGCGAUCCGUGGAGCAGCUCAGUAUUACGAGAGCACGGAUUAUGGUGACGAAUUGGCUUGGGCGGCGGUGUGGCUGUUCAAGGCAACGAACGACACAAUGUAUCUCGAGGAUGCUGAACAUCAUUACCAGCAUUUCCAUCUCAAAGAGAGACCGAACGAAUUCUUUUACAACAAGAAGGUCGCUGGCGUUCAGGUUUUGUUGGCACAGAUGACAGGGCAGCCGGAAUAUCAGAACGCGGCUCGUGCUUUCUGCGAUUUCUCGGUGCGCCAGCAAAAACGUACGCCGAAGGGAUUGCUGUACAUCGACAAGUUCGGCACCCUCUGCCACGCUGCGAACGUAGCGUUCGUUUGCCUGGAGGCGGCUGACUCACCCGGUAUCGGCGAUCCCCAGGAAUAUCGUGAAUUUGCCGAGCAACAAAUUUACUAUAUGCUUGGAGGAGGCGGCAGGAGUUACGUGGUCGGUUGGGGUCGAAAUCCACCGAAGCAACCACAUCAUGCUGCGUCAUCCUGCCCCGACAGACCAGCCGUUUGUGGAUGGCCCGAAUUCGACAAGGACGCACCAAACCCUCAAAUCCUUUAUGGUGCCCUGGUCUCCGGCCCCGACGAGGCGGACAAGUUUCACGAUCAUCGAGAGGAUUACGUAUACACGGAAGUCACAUUGGAUUACAAUGCCGGAUUCACGAGUGCACUGGCCGGAUUGUUGCAACUACGAGUUAAAAGCACUACGUAACGUGCGAUAACAGUUCGCUGCUUUUGGCCACGAACCAAGGAAUUACUUUACUCUUCAAAACGAAAUAUUUCGUGUUAAAAUAACGAGAGAAGACUUCUUCGUGAUUCAUACAUAAUGUGUGAAUACAAAAUAAAUUUGAAGAUAUUGCGAUCGAAAAUCGAUGAAUGGUCAAAUGAUCUUUCGGAAAAGGAUUAUCUUUUGACUUUUAUUUUUUGAAAGCUAAAAAUUGAUAAUU